AUGCCGUCAAUUUUCCAUUUCUUCCUUGCAGUUGGCCUGGCCGGUAUUGGUAAGGUUUUUAGCCAACAUAUUGUGAAAACGGCGUCUUCCGACUCUGCGAGACUUGUAGAAUGCAAUGUUAAUUUCAGCAAAAGCCCACAAUGACUUGAAUAUCCCUUUUCCAAAGGAAAUUGCGGAAGACAACGACAACUACGAGGCCUACAAAUACUUCGCGAAAUAUGCGGAUUACAAUAUGGAAAGAGAAAACUCUCCGUGUCUGAACUUCUACAAUUACAGUUGUCAGUACGCGAAUAUCAGCAACACUGCGCUUUUGAUAUCGAAAGAAAAUAUUGCUCAAGUCGUCAGAGGAAUCAAGAAGGAGAGGGUGGGAAACUUUCCAUCGUUUUUAAGUGUUACUAACCAGGAAUUCACCCCAAGUGCGACGCUUAGGCAUUGAGCUUUACUCGCUAUGGUACAAGGAGCUUUUGUUGUUUUUUUUCACGGUCAUCUCUACAAAGCGCGAGCUAGAAGUCUCGCAUAUGUGCUGAAAAAAUAUUGUUCUAAUUUUGUCCCAAGUUUCAGCAAGGUCUAAGCGUCACACAUGGAGUAUCCCCUCUGAAUUGCAACAAAAAAUAAUCAACGAUAAUCAGUUACCAUUUUGUUUCAGAACACCGAAUGGUACAGGCUCUUAAGAAGAGAGUUUGACAACUGUCUGCACCGACGGAUUAGUCCAGAAGCGGUCCAUCAAAACGGCACUGUCUUAAAGACGAUUUUAAGAGAGCUGGCGCAAGAAUUUAGACUUCCUUUUCCAUUUAUCAGCACAACGACAAGUCAUGCGGGCCUUCCACAACAAUUCGGCGAUGUUGUCGGCUAUCUGGCCCAACGAUUUCAAGUGCACACAUUUUUGAGCUAUAAAAUUAAAAACAGAAAACUAAUACUAGGAGAGCCACAACUCGCAUAUCCUGUAAAAUACUUUACCAUGGCUUUUGACAUGUUUGGCGACGGAUACAAAGAGUCAAUCACGGACUAUAUAACGCAAGUUUUGGAAGUCUUAGACACGGAGGUGAGUCGUCUGGAGCUAGCAAAAAUUGUUGAUGAUGUCGUGGAGUUCGAACUACGGUUGGCAAGGAUUUUGGAGGUCCUACCGGUAGACGACGCUCUCAGGAACGAUGCAGCUCAAGAACUUGUGAAAAAUGCCGGACAAUCUCUUGAUUUGAAGGCAUAUCUGAGAAGAAUUUCGAAGAACGUGAGGCAACCCGACGUCUUCGCUGCGCUUACAUCGAAAAUUCAAGUUGCUCAACCGACCAGACUGCAGGCGAUGCAAAGUUUUAUCGCUGGCUAUAACCCAGUCGUCAUCCUGAAUUAUUUGAUCGUCCGCUUGGCCAGAGGCCUCAGGCAAUAUUUUCCGAGAAAGCCGAAGGAGUGCCUUGCCGAUCAAUGGCUGAGGGACGGAAGAGGUGUUCAGAACAUUGGAACAGUAAGGAAAGUGAGAUAAAAACAGAAAUUCGAGUAGGCUCUUAUUCCACCAACACCACAAAUGGAUCCGUAUCCCGUAGCAACAAUGGAUUGGCGAGAAGUGGCGUGCGCUGAGACGCUAAAUAACAUUUAUACGUAUUUGGUGUCCCGAGUUUUCAUAGAUGAAAACCUACCUGAUCUAAAAAAGCGAACGGAAUUUGUGGAGCGAAUCAAGACCAUUACCAAAAGCGUUACAAAUGCGUUAAGGGUAGGUAAAACAAAAUUGCGAGAUAGGGAGUUUAACAUGUUUAGAACCAGUUUGCGAAAGUCCCCUGGCUAACACCAGCGUCAAAAGAGGCAAUCUUCAAAAAGCUGGACAAUAUGAGAUCCGCUUUGGUCUACGACAAAUGGAUGGAGAACGAUGAGUAUCUGGACAAAAGGUAUAGGAAGAAGGAGUUUGCAGGUAAUGAAAAUACAUCAACCUUGUACAACACCUCCUCAAAAGCUCCCGUAACUUGAACCACUCAUUUUUUCAGAUAAUGAAGACGAACACAGCGCCAACCAGCGGCUCAACAACCUUAAACAAGAGCUUGAAUGGAGCAGUCUCUUUGCUGACGAAACCCACCAAUACUUCCCUAUACCGAUCAUCACCGUCAACGCAUAUUAUGAGCCGUCCUCCAAUUUCUUCUGUGUGCCGUUGGGAAUUCUGCAGCGGCAUUUCUUUGACAUCAACUAUCCCGCUGCUCUUCAAUACGGAAUCGCUGGAUUUGUCAUUGCCCACGAAAUUAGUCAUGGAUUUGAUCCACACGGAGUCAGAUACAAUUACAAAGGAGAAAAGGUGGAAUUGCUGGAUAGUACGUCAAAGGAAAGUUUUAAUAAGAUGGUCCAAUGUGUGAUCGCUCAAUACAACCGACGGCAUCAUCGAGGGGAAUACACGCAGACGGAGGACGUUGCUGAUAACACGGGUAAGCAUGUAGGAAGCAGGUGCCUUUCAAGCCUCUGCACAAGCCUCCAAUAAUUAAAACCUUUUUUAACAUGCGUCACUUUGCCAUUGCUAGAGGGCCAGUUUUUCUGUUUCCUACAUUAGCAUUCUCCAGGUAUCCGCGCGGCCUUUAAUGCCUAUAAAGCCGAACAGGGAUUGCACGGCUCUGAUCCCCAGCUACCUCAGAAGCCUUUAAAUCAUUAUACGCAAGACCAACUAUUCUUCAACGCUUACGCGCAACUUCAGUGUUCAAGUCAUCCCACAAAUGAUCUCCCAUUUGAAAGUCACUCUUCGUUGUUUGAUCGACUUCACGGAGUCAUGCAGAAUAUGAGGCAUUUUCAAGCUGCCUACCAUUGCCCAAUUGGAUCUGAGUACGCGCCGGAGGAAUACUGCCAUGUUUGGCUUUGA